UUUGUCUGGGAUUUUACACCCGGUACUCCAAGGAACUAGUGGCAGUCUUUACAUCUGCCUCGGCCCCUUUGCAAAAUUGGGAGACCUCAGACCAGCUUUUAGGUGAAAAAGGUCAGAGGGCCCUGUUUAGCCCACACUUGAACUCUAGGAUCAUCCAGACAGCCUGAGAUCCAUCGCAACCAUGACAACCAAAUCUAACAGCAGCGUUCUGGGUGGCAAGGCUUCCUCCUCUCCCCUCUUGUCCUCUCCAGCCCGCCAACGCCUAGUCACGAAAGAUGGACACUGUGCCCUUCGUCCCCCUCUGUGCUCUUCAGGCUCAUGGCGCGGGGCCUUGGGCAGAGCCUGGUUGCUCGCCCUGCAGGACCUGUGGGGACUGUUGGUGGGUCUGCGCUGGAGAUGGGUCCUGCUGGCCUUCUGCGCCUCCUUCCUGGCCCACUGGCUGCUGUUUGCCUGCAUGUGGUACUUGCUGGCCCACCUCAACGGAGACCUGGCUGUGCAGGACCACGAUGCUCCCCCACAGGGGCAUGUGGUUUGUGUGAAGCACAUAACCAGUUUUACUGCUGCCUUUUCCUUCUCCCUGGAGACACAGCUGACCAUCGGCUAUGGCACCAUGUUCCCCAGUGGGGACUGUCCCAGUGCCAUAGCAUUGCUGGCUGUGCAGAUGCUGCUGGGACUCAUGCUGGAAGCAUUCAUCACAGGUGCAUUCGUUGCCAAGAUUGCACGUCCCCAGAAGAGAGCAGGAGCUAUCCAGUUCAGCCCUCAGGCAGUGGUGGGCCAACAUCAGGGCCAGAUGUGCCUCAUGCUGCGAGCCACCAACCUGCUGCAGCGACCUCUGGUGGAUGUAAAAGUGAGUGCUGUGCUCUACAAGGAACAUGAAGGUCAGGCCCUGCAUCAGACCUCUCUGGACUUCCACUUGGAUCAUCUAGGCCAGCAGCCCUGUCCCUUCUUCAUCUUCCCACUCACCUUUUACCACCCCCUAGACCGCCAAAGCCCCCUCUAUCCCACCCUGUGUGAGGGCACGUCCAACCACUUUGAGUUGGUGGUCUUCCUGUCAGCCUUGCAGGAGGGAACUGGUGACUCCUGCCAGAAGAGGACCUCUUACCUGCGCCAAGAAAUCCAGUUUGACCGUCGCUUUGUCCCUGCCUUGGGGAUGGAUGCUCGGGGGAGAUACAUGGUGAGCACCCAGCACUUUGACACAGCCCACUCAAAGGAGUCUUUGAACAAGGACUGUGUGGUGCAGAUCAAUGGUGAUGGCAGCGACAGGAUGGAGUAGAAAUGCCGGGUUGGGGAUCGGAGCGUAUGGGGAUGAUAACA